CGGUUCUUGAUAGUAUCGCUGCUCAAUCGCGAAUCAAGGCAGGCUCCAUGGCCAAGCCCAUCGAUUUCUGCCAAUUCGGCGUUCGUGGCACGCCGAGCGUAUCGUUCAACACAACCAAGAAGAAGCUCUGCGCCUGCGGCGAGGCGAUAUACCACCAGACACCACAGGAUAUUGACGUAAACUCGAUCGAAACCAUCAACACUAUAUCUUCAACCAUAACCCUGCCAGCCCUGAUAGAUGCCCAUCUUGAGGAGCAAGAUAUACAGCGCCAUAAGACCGACUUCUCGAGAUGCUCAACAUGCGGUAGCCAGCUGCCUCUGAGACAAAAGAUCAUACUACUCGAUCGUCCGCCACACAUACUCUGUCUCGGUCUCCCUACCAGCGUAAAUCUCUCACAUGUAAUCCUGUUACGACCCCGCAUUACUUACUUGUCCUUGCUUCCACACCGUCGUACUAUAUAAAUGUACCCCGCGGCCUUUAUCUCUUUGCUUCAACAUUUAUGGGAGAUUCGUAAUAAUAGUUUCUCGCUCCUCGAGUACG